AUGUCCGCAGCACAUCCUAAACCCAAGCUUUUAACUACAAGAAAUGAUCCCCUACAUAUAAUUAAAACCAGGAAGAUCACCCAUGGAAGACCCGUUACAAUAGCCGGGCCCAUGGUGAGAUACUCGAAACUACCAUUCCGACAAGUAUGCCGCCAUUAUAAUGCUGAUAUCGUAUACACCCCGAUGAUACUUGCUCGCGAGUUUGUUCGCAACUCUCACGCUCGUAUGGCGGAUUUCAGUACCAAUGAUAGUGAUACACCGCUAAUAGUUCAAGUUGGAGUCAAUAACGUUACGGAUCUGCUUAGAUUCGUUGAAAUGGUCAGCCCUUACUGCGAUGGAAUAGGUAUAAACUGUGGCUGCCCAAUCAAGGAGCAAGUACGUGAAGGCAUAGGAUCUGCCUUGAUUUACAACCCUUCCUUAUUGUGUGAAAUGGUUUCAGCUGUCAAAACUAAAUACGGAAACACAGUUAGGCUCGAAACCAAAAUAAGAAUACAUGAUGACUGGGAUCAAACCGUAAAUCUGUGUCAAGAGCUUUGUGAUGCUGGCGUUGACUGGAUUACUAUUCACGGGAGAACGCGUACAACGAGAUCAUCCAUUCCCGUUAACCUCGACGCUAUCAGCUAUAUCCGGAACAAGCUUCUCGAUCGAGAUGUGCCAGUUAUUGCUAAUGGUGAUUGUUUCAACAUGGAUGACUUUCAGAAGAUACUAGAUUACACUAAUGUUGACGGCGUAAUGGCAGUAAGAGGGCUCCUAGAAAAUCCAGCUCUGUUUGCUGGCUACGAACGCUGCCCAUGGGGAGCUUUGGAGUACUUCUGGCAUUAUGCCAUGGAAUUCGGCGGACUUCCUUUCCAACUACUUCAACAUCAUUUGCAUUGCAUGCUUGAAAGCAUGAGCCUCGACAAAGAUAUGCAUAAAGAACUCAUGAAUAUUAAGACAACAGCUGCGUUAAUUGAUUGGUUCGAUGAUAAUUUCAUCUUGAAGAGACAGGGAGAACCUGGCUUCGCAGAAACUCUUGACAUACCGUAUAAACGAGACAUAUGUAAAGUUUGA